CUUCAGUUGUAAACAAGAAACGGACAAUCACUACGUUUACCUUCCGAGCCGAUAAACGAAACCUACUUGAAUCGUAUUGAACGACGAUUUUUAAAGAGACUUCACAUCAGUGGCAGUUGUUGAUGCAAGUGCCGGCUCUUUCCUGUAAGAAGACAUAUUUGGGUGUUGUUGGCCCACUGUUAAGGCCGCAGCCAAAAUGUCGAGGAAACAGACACAGAAACAUGUGCGAAGCAACAAAAAGAGCGAUUUGGAACGCAAGAGGGACGAGCGAGCAGCAAGACAGGCCAUCGCAAAGGACCGCAAGAACAGACCUCAGGAUUGUGAUGAGGGAGCCGAGUUUGUCAGUUUCUCCAAUCAGCUCCAAGCACUUGGGCUCAGGCUGAGAGAAGUUCCUGGAGACGGGAACUGCUUAUUCAGAGCUUUAGGCGACCAGUUAGAGGGUCACUCCCGGGGUCACCUGCGGCUUCGGCAAGAGACUGUCCAGUAUAUGAUGUCCCAUCGUCAAGACUUUGAACCCUUUGUGGAGGAUGACGUUCCCUUUACACAGCACUUGUCCAACCUCUCUCAACCCGGUACCUUUGCUGGCAACGAUGCUAUUGUUGCCUUUGCUCGCAGUCAACAGGUGAAAGUGGUCAUCCAUCAGCUCAACACACCACUGUGGGAGAUAAACGGCGUAGAGAAGCAGGUGUGCAUAGAGCUACAUAUUGCUUACCGUUAUGGAGAUCAUUACGACAGUGUGAGGCGAACUGGGGACAACUCUGAGAGUCCUGCUCAGCUCCGCAUAGAGAAUCUGCAGAACUCACGAGGACAGCAGCGUGAGUUCGGUGACGGUCAGAGGGACAGACAGAAAAACCCGUCUCCCACAGCCUCAGAGGAGGACAACGUGAUCCUGAGCUCCAUCAAGAAUCGAGGAAUCCAGGGUGAUGAGGAGAACCUGCUACAGUUGAGCGCAGCAACAAUCAAUGCUGAGUGGCUUGUUGGCUCCAUGCUGGGCCAGUCCUGCCAGGGUCAGUGUGACUCAGGAUCCUGUGCAGCCUGCAGAGAUGCAGCUCCAGACUGCAGUGAGCAAAUACCGCCUGUAGAGGGCAGUAACUUACAACCACAAAAACCCAAGGUUUCUAACAAGCAGAGGAAAGAGCAGCAGCGGCAAGAAAAGAAGAAGCGUCAGGAGGAGAGGCAUCGGCAGAAGUUUCUCCAGAGUAAAGAGGGUCAGGACCAGAACCAGAACCUGCCGGAUGCUGUUACUUUAGUACCAGCUCUCAACACUCUCAGUAUAUAAACUGGAGCAUGGCCAAAAUAACCUUCUGCUACUCUAGCUACCGGUGGCUGACGCUGUCCACAAAGUUUUGCACAUAGAAUUGAUUCAGUCACAGUAGAUGACUUUUCCUGAAGAUGACCCUAUAGUUCUUUGCAAAUGGUAUAACAGUGCCUGCAAACUUGUGUGUGAGUGUGUGUGUGUGUGUGUGAGGUGUGUGAAAGUUGUAAAAGGGAGAGAGCAUGACAUUCAGUGUUUUUGUGGGAUCUCGAUUGAGCUCAGUCCCCGGUUGACGUUGGUUUCAAGUAGAAACUCCUCCCAUCUGGUUUACCCACCACAUUACUUUUCUACGCAGGACAACCGGCUUUCCAUGAUAAUCAUGCAGAUACUCUCAAGCUGCUGGGCUUUUUUUUUUUCAUUUGCCACAGAGCGAGUUAGCGUUCAUUCAGAUGUUCAGAUCACUCCGUUGUUUCGAUCUGACCAAGAACAAAGUGGUGGAAGAGCGGCAGAUGAAUGGUUGUUAUGCACACUGUGUACAAAAUGUGGCAAUAAAUAAUAUUAAUAAUACA